AGUUAUUAACCCACUAGUGACCAGUUAAACACCUUUAAACAACAAGCUUCAAUUGAACCUCCACCUCUCCACCUCUCCACCACUCCACCACUCCCUACUUCAUUAGCUCGGCCUUUCCUCGAUUAUAUUGACUACAGUAACCUUAGCCUUCCUACACUUUACUAACAAGCUGUUCAUUUACUUGGGGCUCCGAGAAAGUGUUCUUCUCUUCUUCAAUAUUGAAAUUGAUAACAGCAACAGCAACAUCAUUCUCCAUAUCUCUUUAUCGGAAUUCGUCUUCGUCUUCGAUUUGGAUUUCGUUCUUCAUUCUCAAGUAGCCAAGGAAUCUUACCUUACCAUUUCCAUAACGGUCACCUGAUAAUUGUCACUCAAAAUUGUCAUCCAAACGAUGGCCACGAAAAAGGCUGGUGAGGCUGGUGCAAACAUCCGUCUUGAUGAUGAUGAUACGAAAACACAUUCACCUCACAUAACUCCUGCGCUAUCUCGCUGUUCUUCUUCCUCUUCGAAUACAUCUUAUAACAUGGCCCACGCUCCGAUUAGUGUGAUUCAGGAAGCUGGUUCGGAUCUGUUCGAAGAACGAAGUCAUGUACAAUAUUUGAAACCAUUUGAGGAAGAGAUUCUCAAAAUGGUCUUUCCCUUGGCACUAACCCCUGCAGUAUCACCUAUAUCUCCUCCUUAUAGCGAUGAGGACUCAUCAAUUAUAAAGGAUAAACUAGAGUUUGUUGAGAAGAAGCAUAAACCAUUCAUUACUACACCCCCUGAGAUUGUCAUGGGAAUCUUCAAGUAUCUUAAUCCCAUCGAUGCAGUCUGCUUCAGUCUCUUGAAUAAAUAUAUUCGCAACGUCUAUCUGUCACAUGGUCGUCAUCAAAUUCUUGAUUUCAACCCACCUCUUGCGAUGGGUCGACCGGAGAGUACAUUUCCCGUCAUACCUGGGCCCCAACGUUCAUGUCGUCACUGUUGUCCUGUCGCUUUCUUCCCAGCACAUUGCGAAUUGCAUUUUCAUCUCGCGAGUUUCAUGCCAUCACAUCUUACCUUUUGCGCUGGACAAUGUCAAAUGUUCACGGAGCGUGAAGAGUCGGAUCCGAAUUAUUGUGGAAGCUGUGGGAGAAAUUACAGGAAACAGUUUGAGAGAGGCAGGAGAAUGAUCGAUGUGAAGAGAGAAGAUGGUCAUACCUUUAAAUGGUAUGAGCAGCCAAGAUUCGAUAGGGAGAGUCGAGCGAGACAGGAACGUCGAGCAGCAAGAAGAGCGCAACAAGUACCUUCUUCUAACUCCUUGUAGAGUUAGAGCGACAAUCGCCCUACAAACAUAAAGACAAACACAACCUAGAGAAAUGUAACGCACGCCAGAUAAUCUUCUUCCUCAUAUCGCCAUUUCGUCAUUGUCUCGAGUUGAUGUGGCGGUUUGAAUGAAUCGAUUCGAAUAGUUGGGUGAUAGUACGCUGUUGGAAUGUUACAAUCGGAUAGAUUUUCUUUACACCGAUUCAGGAUUACGAAUAUACGCAUGAUUGUUAUUUGGAUGGAGUUUUGAGAUGGUAAAAUAGGAUACAGUACUAUACCAUUCGAGUUCAUGACGCGCAUGUGGAUUUUUACGGAUUGGGAUACUGGGUAAAUGAACGGGAUAGGAUAUGAUAGGAUUCACGAUACGCGCACAAGGGUCCACGGGAUGAAUUUGCUUCAUGGAUGGAGUUCUGAGAUGAGAUGAGAUGAGAUGCAAAAUGGGAUUUUAUGGUAGUGGAAAGUUAAAUGUUUUGAUGAUUUUCAUUUGUAUUGGGAUGGCAUUGCCUAGGUAUGGAUGGAUUAUGGGUACGGGUAUGGGUAUGGGUAUGCAUUUCUUAUUUUUUUUACGGAUAUGAUGGGAUAGGAUGGCAUGGCGUUGAAAUGGAGUGGAAUGAAAUGCUCGGACGGUGGUGGAACAAGAAUCGUCAAUGGCCGUGGGAAAGUAUGAAUAUUGGCUUGAAGUUACUGGAAUAGAUAUUUAGGGAGAGUAAUGGUUGGAGGAUAAAGAGACCCUGACCUAGGACCUAGUACUUAGUAGGAUAGGUAGGUAGGUAGAUGAAUGUUAAUUUAAUUUU